AUGUAAUAGCUUCAUGACCCAGUUUCGCAUCCUUCUUUCUCCCAUCUCUUCUCUCCAGACUUGAUCGUGUGUUCGAGCUCUCUGUCGUUGACUCAAUUUUCUCGAAGUCAAGACAUUUGUUGUUGUUCUUGUUUUCGGUCUGCCGCCUUGGACCUAGUCGCGCGCUCCAGCUCAAACGAGAUACGAUAACCACCCCCACCUUUUGCACCUUCCGUUCCAACGACAAUCACCUACAACACCACUACCCACAUACCUCAAUUGCGUCAAUCGAUCUUUCGGGCCGAUAUUUUACCUUUAUAACUUUCAAUCGCUAUUACAACAUCAUCGACAGUCUCUACUAUGGCCACCUCUACGCGCCAGCCGUUUGCCGAGCUUGGCUCGUCACGUCUCCAGGUACUUCAGAGCGCGAAGAACAGGCAGAAUGCUCUCACACCAAACUUCGCGUCUCCCCAGGGUCUGAAGUCAAUUCCCACGCCAUCGACGGGUAAGCGCCAGCGCGCACCCGAGAUCUUCGAAGAUGCCGAUUCCGAGAACGUGGACCCGUCCAUCUUCAACAGCCCAACCAAGAAGUCCAAGACGGCCAGCAACAGCGAUGCAGGAUACAUCAAGCCGGCCAACUUCUCCAUCUUCACUUCGCCUGUCAAGCCCAGUGCCAGCAGCCUCAAUGCGACGCCUUCCGUCCCGUCUGUGCGCAAAGCACUCUCGUCACCCAACACUGCCAAGUCAACGCCCAUCUCCACCAGCCGCGGCUCGCCCAAGAACAAGCGUCUCCAUGCCAUUUCAAAGCGUCGCGCAUCCAGCUCGCCCUUCCGACGCGUGGACCCCCCAUCCUUCACGCAGAGCAGCCCCAGCCUACCCUUCUCCAUCGACGCAGCCCUGAGCGGUUCCAUUUCAACCUACACACCCAAGGCCCCCACCGUAGCCGCCACGCCUGUUUCAGCACCCGCCCCGCAGACCCCCGUCCUCGAUGACAGCAUGCCCAAGAGCUGGUUCUUCGAGAUCCACGAAGACACGCCCGAGCAGGAAGCUGCAAACCUCAUGGAGCACUCAGCAUCUGUCCUCGACAUUUCAUCCGACGAUGACGCAGCCACCAAGGCCAGCAACGAGGACCGCGGCAAGGAGAACGUCCCACCUCCAGACUUCCUCGCUGCGCAUCCCCGCAAGCGCAACCACGCCUCCUCAUUCGACGAUGGCUACGAGACUGAUAUCCUCGCCGAUCUGCCUGUCAAGCAACCUCGUCUGCGCAAGUUUGUCCAAGAUGCUAUGGAUGAGGACCGUAGGCCACUGGGUGACCUUGCACCGAGUGAAUUCUAUGCCGAAGGCUGUGACGCUACCUCGUACGUCACUGUCGAUGCUGGGAUCGACAAGCCCUCGGGCCUGUCCAAGGUGUUCGACGCUAGCUGUGUGACGCCAGAGAAGAAGAAGAGUGUUGUUGUUGAAGAAGUUCCUGCUGUCGUUGAAAAAGAGACAACAACAGUAGCCGAAGAGGUCGUUGCUGCUCCUGCUGUCGACGUACUUGCUGCCGAGACCGUCGUUGAGAUUUCAUCACAGACAUGCGAGGUACCUGCCGUCGCCAUAUGAGCAACGCUUACGUUUGUUACUCUUCUUCUCCACACAUUUUUUGGAUAACCUCAUUGGCGUUCGGAUCUCUUCAAGGCGUUGUCGUAAGCUUGUCACGAUGUCCACUGUUUAUGGCCAUGUCUACGCUUAGUCACGUAUAUAUGAUUGAUAUGGGCGUUUUGGGUUGGCUAGUACUUGUCUUAUGAUACCUUUUACUGCAAGCGCAGGACUGUCUUGCUUGAUUAAUACGAAAUACUUUCACUUUAAACC